CUCCAGCCCCAUCGUUCUCGUCCACAAGCUGCUCGCUCGAUCCCCUUCCUGCCGAGAGCUAGCUAGCCGCGCGCGGCCCCCGCGUCGUCGUCAUUCCUCACCCCUCCUCGAGCUCGGGUCCUCGUCGUCCUCUCGUCCGCGGCGCGGCGGCGUCGCUGGCUCUCGCUGCUGCUAGCUACUAGGUCGAGGAGGCCGGGCGAGGAGGGAGACGUACAUGGCGAGCGCUGGAGGCGGCGCGGCGGGGGAAGGGGAGUGGCUCAAGGUCGCUGAGCUCAGGGCCGCCGUCCAGGCGCAGGACCCCCGCGCCAAGGAGGUGGACAACCUGACGCUGCGGAGGUUCCUGCGCGCGCGCGACCACAACGUCGACAAGGCCGCCGCCAUGCUGCUCAAGUACCUCAAGUGGCGGAGGGAGGUGGCGCCCGACGGCUUCGUGCCGGAGGAGCGGGUGCGGAGGGAGCUCGCGCAGGACAAGGCCUGGAUGGGCGGCGUCGACAGGAGCGGCCGCCCCAUCCUCGUCGGCUUCAUGGCCAGGCACUACUCCGCCGACCGCGACAUGGCAGAGUUCAAGAGUUUUGUUGCCUAUUUCUUCGACAAGAUCUGUGCCAGGAUCCCCAGAGGUCAGGAGAAGUUCCUCGCCAUCAUUGAUCUUAAGGGCUGGGGGUACGCCAACUGCGACGUCCGGGCGUACAUUGCUGCGAUAGAGAUUAUGCAGAACUACUACCCGGAGCGGCUCGGCAAGGCGCUGAUGAUCAACGUGCCCUACAUCUUCAUGAAGGUGUGGAAGACGAUGAUCUACCCGUUCAUCGACACCAACACCAGGGACAAGUUCGUUUUCGUGGACGACAAGAGCCUGCACGAGACGCUGCGCCGGGAGAUCGACGAGACCCAGCUCCCCGAGUUCCUUGGCGGCAAGAUGCCUCUGUUCCCCCUCAAGGACGACUAUGCCCAGCAGCCUCAAUCGGUUUAGCCAUUACCAUUACACGUCGGUAAUCUCCAUUAGCGGUUAAUUGGGUGCACAAAGUAAGGAUGAUCCUUUGGCUAGCCUACAGAAGGGAGGAAGACGGGAUCUAGCUACUAGCCCUGCAACAGUGGUGUGACUGCAAAAUGCAGCUCUGUCAGCUCGCAUACUUCAGCUGCUCCAAUUGGCGGCGGCAGACAUUGUCUGUACCAUAGGCUGGGCUAUAUGAAAUGAAACUAUGAAUGGGAUGGCACCUGCCUACGGCAACAUAAUAAUAAAGGCUUGAGACCAUUAGUCCUUGCAGUA